GGGCGCCGGCAAAAGCGGCCGGGCACCGGCGAGUGAACCAGCGCGGCUGCGGUGUGCGCGAGUGCGAGCGAUCGAGCGGCUACCGAGACGAAGCUGUGCGCCGAAACAGCCGCCGCCGCUGCGGGAGCCGCAAGAGAGGCGACGGCGAGGAGAGGGGCUGGGCUGGGCUGGGCGCCGUCGCUUGCCGCUGCAGAAGGACGACAGGCAACGAAUUCGUCGCGGGCCGUUUUGAUCACGGAGCGUGCGCGCGCGCGCUCGCAGCACGCGCCUCGGGUUUCGCCGAUUCCCAAGCGGGCACGCCGUUCUCGCCUCGCCUGCUCGCCCCGCGUCGUGACCCUUCUCAAGAACCAUGGCGGGGGGGCCUUCCUCCAGAAGCCGCGGCGGCGAGCAGCCGACGCACUGGUUCAACGUGACUUGGGCCGAUCUCGUGGAACGGCUGGCCCUCUUCUUCUACACGGACGAGUCGUUCGAGACGCUGGACUACCUGAACGUUAUGCUGCUCGGAUGGGCGCUGUUCGGCCUCUUCGUGUACGUGGUAGGCACGCUGCUGGCGAACCGAUUCGGCCGCCAGCGGCCCGGCGUUGCCUCUUCGGCGAAAAGAGCCGACGGCACGGAGCCCGUCGACGAGGCCGUCUCAGCUGGGAGAGCCGAGGAACAGCAGUCUCACGUCGCCUCGGUGGCCCGGUGGGCGAAAACGGGUGCUAAGGAGUCCGAUGGUGUACCCUUCGCGGUGUCGGCUUCCGGGUCCGACCCCGACGCUGUGUUUUGGACCAACCGGGUCCUGUCGUGGGUGCUAGCGCGCAAGGACCAUGAGUUCCUGUCCAAGCCGUGGAUUCAGGCGCUCAACGAGAAGCUGGCCAAGACACCGCCUAAGAACAACAUCGUGGUGGAGUUCGAAGGCAUUCAUCCCGACAGCGCAAAGCCGAAGCUACACGAUGCCCACGUCGUGCUGGAGUCAAAAGAGAGUCUUACAAUCACGACCGGAAUCACCUGCGAGCGACUGAUUUUGGUGAUCAAAGUCAAGAAGACCGACGACCCGGAAAGGACUGUCCACCGGUACAACCUCCUCGUUGAAAAGCUUAACGGAAAGUUGAGGAUAUGCUGCAUUAGCACGGAGCAGCUCUUUGUCGUCCGCUUCGUUCAGCGACCUGACGUCAAGGUUUCGCUACAGUCCUCGGUUGCUGAAAACAAGCCGCACUCGGUGGACCAGCGCGCCCUGGACGACGUUGUGCUGGAGGCUGUGGUGGACGCGCUGUCUUACACCGUGACCGACAUCAGUUGCUCGGGACAGAAGGAUUUCCCUAGCUUCAAACACCGGGCACCUGUCUCCGAGAUAAUACAGAGCAUGCAACUUAGUCAGGUGGAUGCUUCAGCGCCGUCCCACAAAGUCAAGCACGAUCACCGACUCCUUGUGAAGGUCAUAAAGGCGUCCAACUUAGGCGGAAACAAAGGCUGCAGGGAAGUGUACUGCGUGGUGGAGCUCGACGAGCCCCCGCAUCGCUGCACGACUACCGUUGCCAAGGAGACGACGAGUCCUUUCUGGGACGAGCAUUUCCUCUUCACCCUCGACCAGAAUUCCUCCGAAAUACUGUUCGAGAUAUACGACAAGAGCAGGCCUCAAGGAGACAACUUCCUUGGUCUUGGAAUUGUUAGCAUUUCGGAACUUAGAAGAGUGCCCAGUCAACGUCAGAUCAUCACGUUGCAGUCGAGGCCCUUGGAGUAUGACAAUGUGUCCGGCUCCCUGACAGUAGAGUUCCUCUACAUGGAAGGCUCUCAGAUUCCGGUGAUGGCAGACUCCCAGACGACAACUGAGUUUGCGCCGCACUCGCCACAAAGUCGCAUUGUCGAGAAGAACAGUCGAAUAACCUCCGAUGGAAGGGUCAUCACCACAACCACCAUCAAACGAUCACCGACGACAGAAACUAAAACAAGAGACCUCGAGUGGGAAGCUCUUCUUGCCAUCGAGGAGAAACUGCGUCUCAUGGAAAAUCAGUCAUCACCUAUGAAGCCACUUGACGAGUCUAUGGUCGAGUUCCUUCGUAGCCAGAUCGACAGCAGCCCAGCUGAUGCCAUCGAGCACUUAACAUCUAAGGUGAAGACUUCGUUGACAGCUGAGCCCGUGUCAAGUAGCGCUAACGUGAGCAAAACCACGGCCAAUAGCCAGGAAAUGUCAGUCAUUGCAGCUGCUGAUUGCACUACCACAAACGCCUCUGCCUGUCCUUUGGCAACAAAGGACCCUGACACGUCAACAACACUGUCCUCGGACAGCACUGACUUGUUCUCAGGACAAGACGGCAUCUACCAAGAAGACGACAUAGCAGAUGACAUCCCUCCCCCUCUACCGUCCUCUCCUCCGCCUGACAUGUGCGACGCUGAUGACAGUGCUACUGAUGAUGGUGUAGAUGUGGACGACCUUGUUGUGUGCAAAGUUAGGAGAGCGGUUCUUGUGAACGGCUUCGAUGGAUCAGGGAAUGAUGCCUCCACUGAGUUUUUUGCCACGAAGUUGGUAGAAGAAGGUACAAGUGGUUUGUCAUCUGAAGAAGAGAGUGAAGCCGACAUUUGUGGUAGCAGAAUUUCAACCUGGAGUGGCAAAUUUGGAGUGGAUGGCUUGAUGGCUUAUGGUGGCGCUCCCAAUGGUGGUCCAAGAGCGGACCAAAAUGGCAACAUUCAUCACGAUGAUGGAGGAUCGCUAGCAGAAGCUGCUCUUAAGGAACUGGAAGCCAAAAAUAGGAGUCCUACAGCAACAAAGAGCACACUUAUUAUCCACAGCGUUCAGAGAGAAGCAGCCAUUCCAAGCCUAAAGGUGAAAAUCGACAAGCAAGGACAUUGGCGUGAGGUUUCUCAGGUGGACGACGCAUCUCUCUCCAUCUCACCAAGCAGUCUACGAAAUCAGAACCAGCACUCUGGUGAUAGGAGCGUCUCUUCAUCGUGCAGCGAAGCAGAAGGGGAAGGUGGUCCAGAAAAACCAAAGAAACGGACAUUACUGGGUAAAAUACGGAAACGGCUCAGCUUCAAGAAGAAUCGCUCCAAGUCUAUGGAAGCUCGGUCAGAUGCUGACACGCACAGCCACAGUAGUAGCCGUAGCAUCUCCACCGACCGUGCAAAGUCGGUGCCACUUGGAAGAAAUACUCACCUGGAUGUUCCAGGCGUUCGCAACAAUGGUAGCACAAGGAGCAGCAUCAGCGAUGGGUCCGGAAUCAGUGCUGCCUCUAGCCGGACCUACGUGAGCGAUAAGUCACUACUUGUCGUCGAAGCAAAAGAGAACGGUGUCAUCAGGCAUUACUUGAUCCCACCACAUUUGGCGCAUCGCAGUAAGUGGCGGAGGAAAGGUGUCAAACUGCACAUUUUCAACGAUCACAUAUUUGUGGCCAGGCAUAUCCCAGGCGGAGUUCAGUGUCACGUUUGUUCAAGGCUACUGACAAGAAGGCUAGGAAAACAAGGUUACGUCUGCAGAGGUUGUAACCUGCUUUGCCACAAGUCUUGCCAUGUGAAAACAGAGAGUAUAUGCAACAAUAGCUCUGUGGCGACCAUGCAAAUGUAUGGAACCGGUGGAAGAUCCGCAUCCACCACACGUGAAGACAAGUUGAUGCGAGCACUCAGAAACUGCUGCAUAAGAACGUGACACUGUGCAAGACUUUCUUAAGUACAGAGCAGGAAGUUACUUUGGUUGUCUCCAUCCUCAGUUAAAGCGAAUAGCUUUGUGUUACUGCAUUUUGCUCCAUUUAUGACCCUUUUUAUUCACUGCAAAGCAGCUACUUUGUGGCCUUCAGGCAGCUCCUGAACAUUGAUGCAAAAGAUUUUGUUAAGUGCUUAUCUUGAAACUAUAUGAAAGUUGGAUGCCCGUCGAUAGCUACUGAUUUUAAUCAGGAAGCAUCAUUGAUGUGCAAAAAUUUAGUGUACUGAAACGUGCGCAUAAUAGUAAAAUAAUCACUAAGUGUGCACACAACCAGCCUUCAGGGCCAUAAGAGGGCAACACUAAAGUUGCUCACUGGGAAAGAAAGAACGCUGAUAAAAUUUGUCCAUUUUCCUGAACACACGAGCAUACAAAAUUGCUUUCCCAUUAAAAAAAUAACCACAAAGCACUGAAGCUGCACUUGUUGGAAGACAACAUAUGGUCAGAUAGCUUGAUGACCCUGCAGCACCUUGAAUAGAACAAAAGCCUUUGUAACACCCAUGGUACACACCGCACAUGAGGGUGUGUGCUGGCUAGCUAAUCAGCCCAUUGGCAAGAUGCCCAUGACAUUACCAAGUGGUCACGAGGUGGUGCACAAUGCUAGCUAUCGUUAUUGCAGUUCUUUUACCACACACAAUUUUUAUUAUAUGCUGUGAAGGCAAUUUUGCUGGCCCCAAGCCGGUAUACCUGGCUGCGGCUUUUAAUGCACAAAGUAUGAGCUUCUUUGUGCGAUUGCGAGUGUGGCUGUCUUGUUUCAGUGUGACAACCGAAAUUUUUUGGUAAUAAAAUAUCUGUGCAGCACAGAAGCCCAACGUGAAGCAGUUCGCUUUUCACCAAGGUGGAAGCCAUCAAAUGAAUUUUGUGCUCCCUGCUUGCUUUUAUGCGUUCAGCUUGUUUUUCUUUAAAUGCAGAAUUUUGACAGGUUGACUACACAGAGUUGUGUGAUGACAUACCUGAGACAAGCUUGCAGUUGAUCAUGACUGCCGUCAAGUCAUAGUCAUGUACACAACAUUCUCCCAUCAGACAUUUUUGUAUUCAUUGCCCUUUAUAGGUCCUUCCCUGGACCUAUAACGUGUAGCUGUGAAAGAGCAGUGCGGGGCCGCACAUUUUGUCAAAGGAGGCUUGAGCGCAUUUGGCAUGAUAAUGUGAGCAAUAUGUGUAGUGCAAUAACAAUGUUGAAAAUUCGCGACUAAGGCAUACUGUAAUGUGUUCUUUUAUAUAUAUACAAUUAUAUAUAUGGAUGUUGAUGUAUAUAAACUUAGCACGCUUUUUCGUUAUCUUUUAAAUGACAACAGCUUGUACGAAUUUCACUUUAUGUAUGCCUGUUUAUGUAUGUGCUUACAUGUUUCGAGACCUGUGUAAAAUAAAGUCAGGUACAGUCUUUG